GGUCUCAUUCUGUCGCACAGGCUGGAGUGCAGUGGCAAAGUGGCGAGAUCUCGGCUCACUGCAACCUCCACUUGCCUCAGUCUCCCAAGUAGCUGGGAUUACAGGAGCCCGACACCAUGCCCGGUUCCUCAGGACUUCUCUGGACCACAGUCCUCUGCCAGACCCCUGCCAGACCCCAGUCCACCAUGAUCCAUCCAGGUCACAUCCUCUUCCUGCUUUUGCUCCCAGUGGCUGCAGCUCAGACGACCCCAGGAGAGAGAUCAUCAGUCCCUGCCUUUUACCCUGGCACUUCAGGCUCCUGUUCCGGAUGUGGGUCCCUCUCUCUGCCGCUCCUGGCAGGCCUCGUGGCUGCUGAUGCGGUGGCAUCACUGCUCAUCGUGGGGGCGGUGUUCCUGUGCGCACGCCCACGCCGCAGCCCCGCCCAAGAAGACGGCAAAGUCUACAUCAACAUGCCAGGCAGGGGCUGACCCUCCUGCAACUUGGACCUUUGACUUCUGACCCUCUCAUCCUGGAUGGUGUGUGGUGGCACAGGAACCCCCGCCCCAACUUUUGGAUUGUAAUAAAACAGUUGAAACACC